UUCGUUUCAUUAAAAAGGCGUUUGUCUGGUGCCGACUACCUCCAGCUUGGCGGUAAACGCCCGCUAUUCGCUUCCAGUUCCUGGUUCGCCGAUGUUGCCAUCAAAGGUUUCCAAUCCGGGACCAUUCCGUAUGAACUUCCCGCAACCGCGUCGCCGAGAAAGCUCUUGGAAAUGGUGACCCCCAGCUCCCCCUUCCUCAAAUAAUAACCCGCCUCCAACCUCCCAAGUCCCAACCAAACCAACACCAAUAAUUCCAUAACAAAAAAGAACCCCCCGUCGAUCGAUCUCGUGUCUGGCCAGAGAAGGAAAAAACGACGGAAGAAAGGAAAGCCGUACGUGCAUCACUCGCGUCUCGCCUCGUCUUGCCUCUGUUCCAAUGGUCGUCGUCAUGGCCUGGCUCGCCGAUCUGCGGGCCCGAGUGGGAACCGGUGACCGCGGCCUCCGCCGCGACGACCCUCCGGGCGUCGUCGGGAUCCUCGCCUUCGAGGCUGCGGCAACCAUGGCCCGCCUCGUCUCCCUCCACCGCGCCCUCUCCGAGCACGAAGUCCGCCGCCUCCGGUCCGAGAUCAUGCGGUCCCAGGGCGUGGCCUACCUCAACUCCACCGACCAGUUCCUUCUCUUCCGCCUCGCCUGCGCCGAAUUGAUGGAUGACCUCGACCGCGCCGCCGCCGCCAUCUCCCACCUCGGCGUCCGGUGCCGCGGAGCCCUCCCGAGAGGCUUCGCCAGCAUCUACGCCGACUUUAAGGCCGGCGGAAUCAGUACCGAUCUACGCCGGCUCGGAAUGGGGUCCACGCCGAAGGCGGUCGAGAAACGGGUGAGAAAGAUGGAGCGCUACGUCGCGAUGACCGCGAGAUUAUACGCGGAGAUGGAGAUGCUGUCCGAGCUGGAGGCGUCGGAGCGGAAGAUGGAGCAGCAGUGGAGGCGGUACAGCGGGCCGAUACCGAUGCAGAAACAUAUCGCCGCCGAUCCGCUCCGGCUCGAGAUAAAGUCGCAGCGCCAGCGAGUCCGGCGGCUCAAGGAGGAGUCGCUCUGGAGCCAGAGUCAGGACAAGGUGGUGGAGCGCAUGGCUAGAGCCGCCCUCUCUGUCUUCGCCAGGAUCUGCGCCGUCUUCGGCCAGUUCGUGCCGGGGCUCCCUGAUAACCGGGUCAGUCUCAGACCCCGAACCUACCCGAUAUUUUUCAGCAAGCACUCGUCCGGUCCGAUGGAAAGGCCGAUACCGAGAGAAUCAAAUGUCAGAAACUCGGCUCCGAUAUUUAGAACGGCGGAAGCGAUCACCAAGCCAUAUGCUGACUGGAGGAAGCAAUUGGUGGCGCCUCCGACCACGGUCGGGGGAUCAGGCCUGGCUCGUCGUUAUGCGAAUGCGAUCGUACUGGCGGAGAGGCUGCAUCUGAUGAGGUCCGGCGGCGAUGGGUUGGACAGCGAGGAGGCCAGGGAGGCGGCGGCGGUGAGAGAGGAGCUGUAUGGGCUGUUGCCGGCGGGGAUGCGGGGGACGGUAAGGGCGAAGCUGAGGGAGUGCUGGAGGAAGGACAGCGGGGUGGUGGAUCAGUGGCUGGCGAAGGGGUGGAAGGAGGCCGUGGGGCGAAUUCUCGGGUGGCUGGGGCCGGUGGCGCACGACACCGUGUGGUGGCAGGAGGAGCGGAGCAUGGACCGGCAGCAGCGGUUCGACACGAGGCCGAGGUCGCUGCUACUGCAGACGCUGCAUUUCUCCGACAAGGAGAAGACGGAAACGGCGAUCGUGGAUGUGCUGGUCGGGCUGAGCUGCGUUUGUUGGUACGACGAGCGGCGGCUCGAGUCAUUGAGGUGUUGAACUAUAUUUGAGAACCAGGUUCCGAAGGAGACGAAGCUCAGAUGAACAGCGGGACUUAGGAAUUUGUUAGGGCACGGGGAAUUGGUAAAAGCAUUCAUGGAUUCAUGUCUGUGUUUACCCAUUCCCUUCAUUGCCGAGACGGAAGUAGUAGGAAAAUAACGCGAACUUGUGAUGAUUGAUUGAUUCAAUAUAAUAAUACUUGAUUCGGACGUUGGUGCUUA